GUGGCCCGCAUGUCUUUCAUUGUUUGUGAAAAAAAGAAAGCUCCACGCCUUGUUUCCCUGAAACAGCAAAUCCAACCAGGAAAGCAAACACUCCAUCGAUUGGAUCCUCCACGCUCACAAUGUGCACAGCAAGCACAAGAUUCACAUCCAAUUUCCAAAUAUAGAAAGAAUAAAACCACAAAAUUAUCAAGAUUUUUGGGUGUUUGAAUUUGAAUUUGAAUUGAACUCAAUCUUUGUGGGGGUUAAUCCGCAAUGAAGGAUGACGACGGCCUUCCAACAACGACGGCGGCCAGCAGCGGGAAGAAGGAUAGCUCGGAUUCGGGUCUAAUACUCGGCAAAGGCAGGUACAAGUUCUGGGCUUUGGCCGCGAUUUUGUUGCUCGCGUUUUGGUCCAUGUUCACCGGCACCGUCACGCUCCGGUGGUCCGCCGGCAACCUCAAUCGUCUCUCUGACGACUUCGACUCGCCCAUCCACGACGAUCUCGACGUUCUUGAAAUGGAGGAGAGGGAGAAAGUGGUGGAGCACAUGUGGGAUGUGUACACUAAUAGCCGUCGGAUCAGAUUACCGAGGUUCUGGCAGGAGGCGUUUGAGGCUGCCUAUGAGGAGUUGACCAGUGACGUCCCUGGUGUUCGAGAGGAAGCCAUAACCGAGAUCGCUAAGAUGUCCAUUCGCUCUGUGGAUCUUGAUCCGCCUCCGUUCCAAUCUGCAAGCGCACGAGAAUUUAGUAAGACUUUGAAGCAAGCAGAGAAGGGUAGAGAACUGGUGACUUCUACGGGCAGUGGUCGAUGAUGUCUAGAUAUGUGUUGAGGACCAUUGUUCAAGUCUGCAUUAUCCUGCAAUUGCAACUGUGUGCUGCCCAGAGUCUGGUGACCGGUGGUGAUGCGCACGGUCACACUCGGUUCUUGAUAUGUUUUUCAUAGGGCAAAACUAUGUAGUUGAUUAGGUUCUUAAACGUUCCAGUUUUGGAGUAGAUGAAUUCAAAAGUGCAGGAAUUUUUUUUUUUUUUUUUGGUUUUUUUUUUUUUUUAUAAAUUCAAUUAUUCAAGUGAAAGAAAUUCGGAAACAUUUUUCUUGUAAACUGAUAAAUGUUCGCACUCCUACAAGAUGUUGCUUUGACAAAAUUGAUUGAAUUACAGUGGGACCCAAAGUUUGAUA